AUGAACUGCGGGAUUGCCACUAACAAAGCUUAUGUGACAUUGAAUACUUUAUUUAUUGAAGAGAUUCUACUUCACGCAAUCUUAUCCGUCGACUGCUUUAUCAUGAUGUAUUUCCGCAUUUCCGUAGCAUUUCUCGGCUAUAACCUCUCUAUACGUCCGUUUCCGGAAGCAGCACGAAUCCGACCUUAUCCCGAAGUUCAAACAAGCGGAAGAGGUGAUUCGAAUCGUAAUCAGCUCGUUCCCAUAGCAGCUAAUCAAUUGGAAGUUGACCGAACAAACUUGUUCCAGUCGUUCGUCAACCGUCUCAUCUCUCGUUGUGUUACUGUGCAUCGUGCGCACACGCCUCGUCCCCCCACUUCGUUCAUUCUUUAUUAUCAAACCGCUUUCAGUUCAUUUUGUCUACCUACGUGGGUGGUGCCAAGACUCUUCAAACAUCUUCUCUUACUUGAUUUGGUCAUAUUGUGA